AGCUCACUCUCAGCCUGCAUUUCAUUAACUUUCUUCGCCACAUGUCAUCUUCUCCUCCCUCUCCGCUUCUCUUUUGUUGUUUUUUGCUCAUGACAUCUUCUUCUUCUUCCUCAAUGACACGUUUGUCAAAACCAAGAGCAUCAGUACAAGCUGGUAAUGCAACCAAAUAGGCAUGGGGUGUGCCCAGGGCAAGUCAUUACAGAAUUCACCACUGUGCGGUUUACACAAGUUGAAGAUGGAAAACGAGUAUGUCAAAGCUAACCAUGGAGAAGCACGGAGAUCCACUGGUCCGAGAUAUUUGGGCAAUGACUUGGGCAACAUUCCCCGGCCUGAGCCGAGGAAUAGCUGCACUGCUAUUCAAGAUGACAAUUUGACCACUAAAGAUGGGAAGACAGAUAAGGUGGUUGUUGGCGGUGACAGUGGUGGUUGUGGCAGUGGUCAAAAUAUUUCUGAGAGGAUGAGAUCUUUGAAUGUGGUUGGCGAGGAACAGCUGGUGGAUGGGUGGCCAAAGUGGUUGACAGAUAAUAUCCCUAGAGAUGUUUUAGCCGGAAUUGUUGCUAGAAGUGCAGAUUCCUAUGACAAGCUUUAUAAGGUCGGGCAGGGAACCUAUAGUAAUGUGUACAAAGCCCGAGAUAGGGAGACAGGAAAAAUUGUUGCACUAAAGAAGGUGAAAUUUGAUACAUCAGAGCCCAAAAGUGUGAAGUUUAUGGCACGAGAGAUCAUGAUUUUGCAGAAGCUCGAUCACCCAAAUAUUGUGAAGCUUGUAGGGCUAGCCACAUCAAGAAUGCAUUACAGUUUGUAUCUGGUCUUUGACUACAUGUAUUCUGAUUUAUCCAGCAUUAUCUCCCGGCCUGAAGAGAAGCUCACUGAACCACAGAUCAAGUGCUAUAUCCAACAAUUGCUUUCGGGACUGCAACACUGCCACGAUAGGGGAAUUUUACACCGAGACAUCAAGGGAUCCAAUCUGUUAAUAGACAAAAAUGGGAUGCUAAAGAUUGCAGAUUUUGGGCUUGCGAAUUACUUUGAUCCAAACAGAAAGCGCCACCUCACGAGCCGUGUGGUGACGCUUUGGUACAGAGCACCAGAGCUAUUGUUAGGGGCUACGGAUUAUGGAGUUGGGAUUGAUCUUUGGAGUGCUGGAUGUGUCAUGGCUGAGAUGUUUACUGGGAGGCCUAUUAUGCCUGGCAGGACUGAGGUUGAGCAACUUCAUAGGAUUUUCAAGCUAUGCGGCACACCCUCAGAUGACUACUGGAAAAAAUUGAAGGUGUCUCCCGCCAUCAGACCACCCCUGGUAUACAAACCUAGUCUGCAAGAAGUAUUCAGAGAGUUCCCACCAUCUUCUUCAGCCCUUUUGUACAUUCUUCUCGAUCUAGAUCCUGUGAUUCGUGGCUCUGCAGCCUCUGCUCUCCAAAGUGAAUUUUUCUUCACAAGCCCAUUGGCAUGUGACAAUUCUGGUUUACCGGUAGUCUACAAAGAGGAAGAUCAGCCAUUUCAAACAAAUGAAAGAAGAAUGCACUGGAAAAUGAGGCACCAAUCACGAAAGCAGAAAGAAUGCCAGAAGAAGGAUAUUGUAGCCAUGGAUGAACCACAAGGAGAUUUUGGCUUUUCUAAAGACGAGCCAAAGAAAAGCUCAGAGUUGAACCUGUAUCUUGGUGUUAGUGCAACUACUACCUCAUCUAGCAAGAAGCAUGCACAACCUAAAGUGAGUCCAACUACUUUAUUUUCUCCAGAUUUGUCGUCUUGCAAAAACACAAGUUUUGAAGCGCAUCCCAAUCCUGCCAACAAGAUUAAGAACUUGCCUCCACUACCAAAUGCCAAAGCAAGAACUAUUUUGCACAAAGGUGACAAUGACAACAAGUACAAAUUGAGUCGAGUCACGAGAUCUGUGUCCAGUAGAGAAUUCCGAAAGUUGGAUCAGAGAAAAUACCUAAGACUUCAGGCCGUUGAUGAUUAUUGAUGAGACUCUCUCGUUUUACCCUUCUGUUCUUUGAAUUUGGUGAUUAAGCAUGCUUAGGCCAAAAAGCAUUGUGGAGUGGACAACAUACAACAAUAUGAGAUUUUAGUUUCAUAACAAGCAAUUGAUGACUAUUCUUUAUUACGCUA